UGCCUGGUGGUGACGUGGGGGGGUUCUUCCUGAGCGUCCGUCUCCACGCUCAUCGUCUGUCUCAAGACGUCUCUCUCUCGUCGUCUCUCGUCUCCUGUCUCCAAGGAUUGGUCGCCUGGUGUCCUCCGGGUGCUGUCUUCAGACCUGCCACCCGAAUCCUUGUCACGGGGGUUAUCCAUCUUCUCAUCUCUGGCACAGGAUCUGUCCACGCUGAGUUGUGACCCCCACGGGGUCCGGAUUCGCUCUCCACCAUGGAUGCCCUCUACCACCAGACCAACAAGAGGAUCCAUGAGGUGCAGGGACACAUGAGCCGCCUGGAGACAAGUGACAAGCAGUCCCUGCACCUGGUGGAGAAAGAAAUCCAGGAGCACAUCGAGCAGAUCUUCAGCAGCUGCGAGCGGCUGGAAAUUCUCGCCAGCAAGGAACCACCAAACCGGAGACCCAACGCGAAGCUGCGAGUGGACCAGCUGAAGUAUGACGUUCAGCACCUGCGAGCGGCGCUGCAGAACUUUGCUCACCGGCGCCUGAAGCGCGAGCAGACGGAGCGCGAUCGGGAGGAGCUGCUCGCCAAGUCCUUCACCACCAACGACGCGGACACGUCCAUCGCCAUAGACGAGGCGCUGCAGUACAACUCGUCCCUGCGGAACGCCCACUCGGGGAUGGACGACCUCAUCGCCAGCGGCAGCGGCAUCAUCGACGGGCUGCGUGACCAGCGGAGGACGCUCAAGGGCGCUCAGAAGAAGAUCCUGGACGUUGCCAACAUGCUGGGCCUGUCCAACACGGUGAUGCGUCUCAUCGAGAAGAGGGCCACGCAGGACAAGGCCAUCAUGGUGGUCGGCAUGCUCAUCACCUGCCUCAUCAUGAUCGCCGUCGUCAAGUACCUCACGUGAGACGACGCGGGCCGCUUCCCUCCCCCGCGUCUUCCACCGUGCCCCCAGCGCGCCCGCGCGCUCCCACCCACGGAGCGGAGGCACCGGAGGGAACGGAGGGACGCCGACGCAAGCGGCCACCGACGCCCGAACGCCGUGGCCCUUGGCGAAACGAACGCCGGGACGCGACGGCGAACCCGCGACGCUUCGGCGUCGUCGGCCACGAUCGAUCCACUGUUGGAUGAAGGCCUCCCCCCUCCCCCAAGCCGUCGCCAUCCUUUGCGUUUUUCACGAUGCGGCGGUCCGCCCACCGCCUGCUCACGGGUCCGAUCCCUUGGGCUGCCGCGCGGUAGCUCACCGCGCCCACCGGCCAUCGUCGUCGCCCCUGGUGGUGCGGUUGUCCCGAGCUCACGUCCUCUUGUCAACUGGCAAACUAAUAACCUUUGACCUGCUGCUUCGUAGAUAAUGCUAUUUUUCUAACGCCCCUGCCCCUGCCGACCCCAUCAUUAUUACGGAAAUUUGUGCGGCACGCCGCCUCCUUCAACCCCGGCGAGGAACAUUCCUUGGACGAGGAAGGAGAUGACGUCACGGACUUGAUUCGAUCGCCCCGUUAUCUCCAACGCUUCCGUCGGGAAUCCCCAACGCCCGCCUCUUCGUGCGCCCUUGCCGUGACGUGUUUAUCGAGCGCCAGUCAAACCGGAACACUUUCGACUUCGGAACUGUAAUUUGGAGACUUGAAAGCGACGGGACUCUAUCGAUGCUUUUGUUUUGUCGGGGGCGGGGGGGGAAUUGGUGACCGGGCCAAGAUUUUCCACUCGCUAGAGAAACAACUCGGGCUAUGCGAGUCUAUGGGUCUCUAUGCAAGUCAUUGGUGACCAGGCUGAGACCAUUUUCUCACUAAACUUGAGAACCCUAAAUAAUCACAGCUCAGCACAUCCGAGUCGGAGCCUCUGUGCGAGUCCACGGAUCUCUGUGCGAGUCAUUGGUUGACCGGGCUGAAACCAUCAACUCGCUAGAUUUGAGAACCCGGCGUAAUCACUAAAAACCCGGAUUAGGACCUAGAAUCUCAGUGGUGUCGGCCCAGCGUCUCCAACACGGCAAUUACAUGUGUUUCCUUCACCUGCGUAGACACAAUUCCAUCUCCCGCGGCGUUCCCGGUCGCAGUAAACUGUGAAUGUCUGCGCGGUUGGCCGCAUCCAUUGCUCCGCUUCUGCCGCCGGUUCUACGUGCGGUGACGAUUAAUAAACGCGUGGUUCCGAGCGUCCGAUUCUCGCUGGACGCCGACAGACACCUCCA